AGCGUGGCUGUCAGAGCUUAGAUAAACAAACCCCUCUAAGCUUUGCUGGCAAUAAAUGUGGGUGGUGGGGAGAAACUUGCCGUCUGUGGAGUUUCUACACUUGCUAGUGCACCAUCCCUUCUUGUCUGUUACCAGGCAUGGAUUAGGUGGAUGCAGAGCGGUAAUCCUAGCCUAGUUUUCAGAACAAGUCCGUAUGGAUAAAGAAGUAAAUCUCAUUUUGGACUGCUGACUUGAUUUAACGGGACAUGCAGAGAGAUUCCUGGCGUUCGGCGGUCAGUACAAACCCGUUUCCUUGGAUGUGAGCCAGCGAGGGGACGUGGGAGGGCUGGCUGCGGCAGGCAGCGUGCGGCGCUCCCUUCGCACCCUACAGGAGACAUAGAGCUGGCGUAGAGUUUGAGUUCAGGUUACUGUGGCAUCCCGUGAGGAGAUUACUAUCUGUGAAGAUGAAGUAAGGUCUCUCUACGGCCACUUAGAGAAGAUGACGGAUUUGGUGGCUGUUUGGGAAGUAGCUUUAAGUGAUGGUGUUCAUAAGAUUGAAUUUGAACAUGGGACCACUUCAGGAAAGCGUGUCGUCUAUGUGGAUGGAAAGGAAGAAAUAAGAAAAGAAUGGAUGUUUAAAUUAGUGGGUAAAGAAACAUUCACUGUUGGAGCAGCCAAAACAAAAGCUACUAUUAACAUUGAUGCUGUUAGUGGCUUUGCAUAUGAAUAUACUUUGGAGAUCAAUGGGAAGAGCCUCAAGAAGUAUAUGGAGAACAGGUCAAAAACAACCAAUACUUGGGUACUGAGUUUGGGUGGUGCAGACUAUAGAGUUGUUCUAGAAAAGGACACUAUGGAUGUGUGGUGCAAUGGUCAAAAAAUGGAAACAGCGGGUGAGUUUGUAGAAGAUGGGACUGAAACUCACUUCAGUGUUGAUGAUCACAGCUGUUGCAUUAAGGCUGUCAGUAGUGGGAAACGAAAGGAAGGAAUUAUUCAUACCCUUAUUGUGGAUGACAGAGAAAUCCCAGAGACUGUGGAGUAGCCUCCAGUUAACUGAUUAUUGUAGGACUAAGAUAAGGAAUUUUCAAUUAUUGUGGUAAUUAUUUUAAUAUGUACUACUUGGUACAUCUGGUUUGUGCUGGGUUUAUUUUCUAGUUUCUGUAUAUGGAAUUAUUCUUUUUAUGGACCAGUUGAAAAUAAUUAUAUACAACCCCUUACAUGACCGUUUUUUAAAAACCCUUCAUGUGUAUAUAUAUGUAAAAGUAUGUAUAUAAUAUCACCAAGUGCAGAGAAUACUGGUGAACUUAAGUAGAAAUUAUAUACUUGCUAUAAUAAAAUAGAAGAUAAAUAUUCA